GGAGUUUGAGAGGACCGUCCCGCGCGCGAGACGGGCCAGCGCGGCGAGGCGGGCUGAGGCUGACGGUGACGGUGACGGCUGGAUAUAUCAUGUGACACAGGGCUGGAAGGUCAUGUACAGUUGUGCCUGGGUAGUGAGGCUGCGGGCAUGCCCCUCACUGGUGCCCCGGUGCCUCCGCCAUGCCCUCAUUGGCCCAGGGAAGCACCGCAGCCUUGGCCAUGGCCUGCUGGGGCGGCUCACCCACCCACCAACCAUGGACACGUGGGGGACUGCCAGGCACAUGUCGGUCAGGCCGGCCUUCACACCGGCGCCAAAGUGGAGAGACGGAGAGAAGGAGGGAGGGAGAGAAGGCGACAGUGAUGGUGCCAGAAAGAGAGUGAGACAAGGACAGGAGCAGAGUACAGUGUGUGGGGGGGAUGCACCUCACAGUGACGGCUGCCUGGGCCGGGAGCAGCAGGGUGACAACACACAAAAAACAGACACAGUAGUGGAGACCGAAGAAACAAGCAUAACCACAGCACAAGGGGACACUCAUUGCCCCCCACCACCAUCAUCACCAUCACCACCACCACUCCACCUCGACUACGGCCCCAAGCCCACCAUUCCCCAGCGUCUUGUCCUUAGUUCACCCGAAACACUAGCUGGCUACAUGCAACUCAUGAGACUUGACCGACCAAUAGGCUCCUGGCUCCUCUUCUGGCCCUGUGGGUGGAGCCUGGCACUCUCAGCAGCCCCGGGCUGCCUCCCGGACCCCUGGCUGAUGAUGCUGUUUGGGGUGGGGGCCAUGGUGAUGCGAGGGGCCGGCUGCACCAUCAACGACAUGUGGGACAAGGACUUCGAUGGCAGGGUGGCCAGGACAGCAGGCCGCCCUUUGGCCAGCGGGCGGCUCAGCCAGUUUGAUGCGCUGGUGUUCCUGGGUGCCCAGCUGGGCCUCGGCAGCCUCAUACUCAUGCAGCUCAACUUCUACAGUGUGUGUCUUGGCGCAGCGUCCAUGGGACUAGUGAUAACAUACCCCCUAAUGAAGAGGUUCACCUACUGGCCACAGCUCGCCCUGGGGUUCACCUUCAACUGGGGUGCACUCCUGGGGUCAUCAGCAGCCCUGGGCCAGUGCGAUUGGGCAGUGUGUGGCCCUCUCUACCUGUCGGGAGUGGCCUGGACGCUCCUGUACGACACGAUAUAUGCCCACCAGGACAAGUACGAUGAUGCAAUAAUCGGCAUCAAGUCCACGGCGCUGAAGUUUGGGGACUCUACCGCGCGAUGGCUGACUGGCUUUGGCACCACCAUGAUCACCGGCCUGCUGGCGGUGGGCUACAGUGCCGAACAGACCUGGCCUUACUACCUUACCGUGGCCCUCGUCUCAGGCCACAUAGCACGGCAGAUUUGGACGCUGAAGAUCGACAACCCGGCCGACUGUGGUGAAAAGUUCCGGGCCAACAGACACCUCGGGAUGCUGCUGUUUGUUGGGAUUGUGGCCGGAAACUUACUGAAGGGGUAGGAACAUAUGGGUGUAGGGGUAGACGUUGAUGUAGUGGGUCAGGUUUGAUUUGAACUUUUGAGAGUGGCUACAGUUGUGCAUUUAACCCCUUCAUUACGGCCGGCCAAAACAGCGCCCCGUGCCGUAUCCGGGAUCGCCGCGCACGCCAAAUUUCAAAUGUCGCUAUUGAAUAUAACAAGUUUGAAUAUAACUCGUAUAUUAGCUAAAGCGAGCCAGGACACAGUAUGCGUGUCUUUGGAUAUGGUACGGGGCACGCAAGGACGCAGUAUAUGCGUCCUUGUGUUGAAGGGGUUAAUGAGAUAUUUUUAUUUUUGUUGGGUAAAUGUAGUAAAUAGAAUCUGGGAAAAUUAUCUUCAGCAAUAUUUGAGUGGUAGAGACACAUAUUUGUGUGUAGGCUUGAGCAUGGAAAUUAAGAAAAGGUUUGACUAAAAAUAUCUGUGAUAGAAAAUAUGAAUCAGAUUAAUUUGUGGUGUAUUUGAUUUUUCUUUCAUCUUAAAACUAGACAUUCUCUCAAAGUCUGGUGGCCUGGAGCCGUACCUUGAGAGCCACGGAGGAGAUUGUGAUUUUGUUUGCUCUAGUCACUUGAGGUGGGCGGGACACAUGAGGAAGGUGAUCAUGUAUAAAACUGUUGUAAAUAUACGAUCCUUUGUAUU